AUGGCUGACGACGAAUACGCAUACCUGCAGCCGGACUUUGAUCCAAGCUCUCUUACAGUGCCCCGCCUGCGCUCCAUCCUGGUCGCCCACAAUGUCGCCUAUCCUUCAUCUGCAAAGAAGUCCGAUCUAAUUGCCAUCUUCAACUCGAAUGUUGCUCCCCAGGCCAGAAAAUUACUGAAUGCCCAGUCGCGUACUGUGCGCUCGGCAAGAGGCAUCGUCGACGUACCUUCCAGCCAAUCGAGCACCAACGACGAUGAUGAGGAAGACACUGCUGACGACAACAUCACUGUCUCUGCGACUCCAGCAAGGCGGACUACUAGGCGUACCGUCAUGCGACCAGCUGCAGAAGACAUUGUUGCGCCCACACCCCGUUCAACCAGGAGGUCUUUCGCUUCGACAAGUGCUCGACGUGCUUCCAGCAAGCAUGCUACCGUUGAGCCUGAGCCUACUCCAAGACGUGUCGCCAGGACCUCUUUCCCCAGCGAGCCUCCACAACCUAUCUACCGUGAUCAGGGCGCCGAUUCACCAUUUUCAAAGGACAAUCCAUUCCAGAGCGGAAGCUCUCCGCCAUCUGCAUACCGCCAUCGUAGCAAGAGCGGAGACCGAAGACGAACAACGAUUGGGCCUUCAGCCGACAGAGAAAGAAGAAAGAGCAGAGAUGCCAGACGCAGAACCGACGGCUUCUAUCGCCAGGAAGAGGAUCUUACCGCUGUGUCGAGAACGCCCGUCGCUCGAGUGAAGGUUGAACCAGAGUACGAGGAGGAGUACGACCAAAUGGUUGCCGGCGAAGACUUUACUCCGGAAGAACAAAACGAACUUAUCAAGGCUCAAGAAGAAAACCCUCGUUCUGCGCUCAGUCGUGUCCCUCGCAAGCAAAAACCGAGAUCUGGAGCAGCCAAAGCUGGAUUUAUGACCGUCUUGUUCACCAUACUUGUUGCGGUUGCUGCUGUUUGGCGACAGGAGAAGGUCAAGGUUGGCUUCUGUGGUAUUGGACAGCCAUCAGAAAAGUUCGCUGGUGCUGAUAUCCCUGAGUGGGCUUCGUUCCUGUUGCCAGAAUGCGAGCCUUGUCCAAUGCAUGCGGAAUGUCGAGAGAACCUCCGGAUUAUCUGUGAUGAUGGGUUUGUGCCUGUCCAACACCCUCUCGCGCUUGGUGGUCUCGUUCCCAUACCGCCUACCUGCGAGCCGGACAGUGAGAAGCUUCGCAAGAUCACGGCCUUGACGAGCCAUGCCGUUGAGACUGUUUUGCGUGAGGCAAACGCGAAGUAUGAGUGCGGCGAAACCAAGACUCCAUACUUGACUGAGCCCGAGCUCAAGGCAACCAUCGCCGCCAAGGGCAAGAACAUGAAGGACAUCCUUGACUUGAUUGAUCAAGCGAUCGACGAUGUCCCUAAACGUGAUGAGGUGAAGACCAAAGUUGAUUCACAAACCUCUGUCCGCUCCUUCCGCAGCACAUCUCUCGCAGCCGUCAGCUUCAGAUGCGCCCUCAAACGAUCAGUUCGCCUCACGAUUAGACAGCAUCUUCGCGAACUUGUAGGUAUUCUUGCUUUGGCUAUCACAGUUGCAUAUGGCCAGCGUACCAUCUCAAAACGUCGUUCUACUUCAACCCAGGCCAAACAUUUGGCAGGAGUGGCUCUUGACAAGCUCGCCACUCAGGCAAGCUUACACGCUCAAGAUCCCGUUGGCUAUCCUGAACCAUUGAUUAGCAUGGUCGCCCUUCGUGACGACGUGCUUCGUGACGAGUUCCGCGCACAAGAGCGCAACAGAAUUUGGACGGCCGUGCAGAAACUCGUUGAGGGUAAUGCCAAUGUCAGGACUAUGGUGCGCGAGGGCCGCACAGGAGAUGUUAGCAGGAUGUGGGAGUGGAUUGGUGCAGUAUAUCGCAUCGAAGGAGGUUCAGCACACCAGAGUCCAGCAGUCAACGUUCCCAAGACUCGCCGCACCUACUGCAAGGGCAAGGACUGCAAGAAGCACACCCAGCACAAGGUCACCCAGUACAAGGCUGGCAAGGCUUCCCUCUUCGCCCAGGGUAAGCGUCGUUACGACCGUAAGCAGUCCGGUUACGGUGGUCAGACCAAGCCUGUCUUCCACAAGAAGGCCAAGACCACCAAGAAGGUUGUCCUGAGACUGGAGUGCACAGCAUGCAAGACCAAGGCACAGCUUGCGCUCAAGCGUUGCAAGCACUUCGAGCUGGGUGGUGACAAGAAGACCAAGGGUGCCGCUCUCGUCUUCUAA